AUGGAAGUCCGCGCCAGCGCACCCAGACAGUUUGCGGUGCAUCUCAACGACCUGUCUUGGGAUGAGCAGAGUUCACCAAAGCCACCGCCAUUCCGGACUCAAAGUGAGCUGUUGCUGGAUGAGUUCCUUACCAAUGGCUGUGUCACACAAACUGAUCCACUUCAGGUUUGGGAGGCACCGGACUCGCGGAGCACCAUGACCAACCAAUGGGUGAGCUAUGUCAAGGGUGCUGCGCGGUCAGCAACAAUGUUGUUCCUGGCAAGCUUUUCCAUCAGAUACCACUGGGACUUUGGCAGCCUUUUCCCAGAGCUGCAAAGAAGUAUGUGUGCCAUCCAUUGCCGUCGUGGUGAUUGCGCAAGCGACAUUGCCAGCAAUGCCAAAGAAUGUGCAGCAGAGAGCAUUACCAAGCAACACUGUGCACUCACUUGGCUUGGAAAGUUGAACUUGGUGAAGAACCGUGAUGCUUACACGCCGACCGAGCUGAUCAAAGAUUGGAACCGUACAGCCAUUGAGUUCCUACUGGGUCAUUUGAAUGAGUUUGGAAGCCAAGGCAAUGCUUUCAGUGAGACAGUGUGGGCAUCAAAGAAGAUUAUGCCAGGUGGUGGGCCACGUGGUUUUCCGAAGGAGUGGAAUGCUAGGUUGACUAUGACCAGCGAGGCCUUCAUGCUCUUGCUCAGGUAUGUUGAUGCCCAGCGCCGUUCCAAGCUGGAAGGGGCACGGGUCAAGGCUGAGUUAGUCCAGCAGUUUCUGGAGGGCCAUAUGAAUCUGGAGUUGGAACUACAGAAUGCACUGUCGCAGGAGCAAUCAAAUUUCAAGCCUGCGGACAUACCGUUGGUGAAGGGACUGAUGGCGAAACAUGCUGCCAAUGCUGAUGAUGAAAUGGCCCGACUGGGCCUGAUCAGACAUGAUAUUGAUGUUUACCGUGUGUGGCUUACCAGAUCCAGAGACAGAGAAGCUGCUGUCUACCACCAAGCAUUCCAGUGGAAGAUUUCAAGGCAGUCCCGAGCCAAAGAUUUGGCUGAUGCGAUGUUGACCCGAGCCUCGGAGCAUUGGCGGAUUGAGAUGUCGGAGCUUGAGAAUGCUAAUAGUGCCGCCAGAUUUGUCAAUGAUUGUAUGCGCCAGAUUUUGAAGCUUGAACAACUCAAGGCAGAGGACCUGGUGGCGGUGGUCCUUCUGAAUUGGGCAGAGAGCUGCCAGAAACUGCUUGGGCAGAACAACAUCAACCUUGAUGGUGUGGCAGUGUUGCCAUACAAGGGGCGGUGCGAUGACCGCAGCAAGAGGUCACUGGUUCACACUGCCCGGGUUUGCUUCACACUGUCUGAUGACAUCUACAAGCUGGCAAGUGAGCACUUUGCCAAGAGUUCCAUCAUCCGCAAACCGCUGUGGAAAGAAGCUGAGCUUCCUUCCUCUAAAGAACUUCUGACCAUUGAGGAUAUGUCUGAUUGUGCUUUGCCCAGCAGCACAGAUGCAUCGACCCAUCCAUCACAAGCUGAAAAGAAUCAGCAGAUUGGUGUGGCUGCGGCCAGGAACAUCAUCAAAGCUGUCCUGAAGAUAGAGAACUCUGCAUCUGUUGCAGCGGCCAGGUCAUCGACCCUCAUUGUGGAUCUGACUGUGCACACGUGUGACUUCAGUCGGGCGGCGGCGCUUGAGAAGGACAACCAAUUCCUUUACUACCUUGGGUUGCGCCGCAAUGUUGGUGAGGAGGAAUGGUCCAGAACCUACAUGAAAGAAUUUCUUACCCAGAGUCUUCUGGAGGGUGCCAUCCCUGGAGUGACACUCCCUCCUGAGGAGGUGCCAGCAGACUUGAAGGAAACCAGCCCUCCUUUGCCGACACUUAAUGCCUUGGUCCUCAACAAACAGGUCAAAGUGGAUGGGUUGGUGACCCUCAAGGCUCCAGACAAGGUUCUUGCAUCUUGGGGAGAACACCCCGCCUUUGGGCCAGAGUUCUGGCAAGUCAUCAAUGAGGCUCGAUCGACACUGCCAUUGGAUGUUACAGAUUCCAAAAAGCGAGACAGUGAUGGGCUCCCGCUACCACCUGGAAAGCUGCCAAAGCAUGAGGCAACUGGCACCCCAAAGAAAGAAGAGACCAAAGGUGAAGCCAAAGCUGAGAUCAAAGAGGCGAUCAAGAUCAGUGAGAUGCCGACUCCGUUGACAUGGGAGGCCUCUUUGAACCUUUCCAAGACCAAGGGGCAGGUGUCCUUGGUCAUCACGCUUGGAUCCAGGAUUUGGUUGGUCAACCGCGGCCCGAAAGAUGUCAUUUUGCACAAGAAUCAUGUCAUUGCUGGUUUCCAUGCUGGCAAAUGGUGGCACAAAGCCAAUGCGCAAGAUGGAGUCCGAGAGGUGGACAUAUUGCAUGACCUGGCCAAUGCGAGCACUCUGGUCCAAUGCAAUGGCACUAUCGAAACUCUUGGUGAAGUGAUCAAGGCAAAGCGCAGCACAAAUCCUGAUGUGACUGUGCAAUAUCACCACAUCAAAGAUGCCCCAGCUGAUACAGAUCCGGCAUUUUUCCAGAUGGAGCGAGACAAGAGCAUCUAUUUCCAGGUGCAGGAGAUUCCGGCCAAAUCGGUCAUGAAGGAUGCACAGGGCAAGGCAUGCGUCAGCUUUGACAAGAUGGCUGGCUGCAUCAGCUUUGACAAGUGGAGCACACCCUUUACUGAGAUGAUUUGGGUUGUCAAAUGGAGCCCAACAGCAGCCAAAGGACUAGUGCCGUUUCGCCCCAUUGUGAUCCUCACUCGUGAUGUUUCUGUGCCUCCCGACUGUGCAAUUGAAUUGUCGGGAUCAUCAGCUGCUCCGGCAGCAUGA